AAAAAUAAUUAUUUUUGCGGACACGAAUGCAUAUUUUCAAUAUAGCUAAAUAGAGGCGUUGGGAUCCGAAUGCUAAUCUCUCUCUCUCUUCUCUUUUGUUUCUCUCUCAAGGCACUCUUUGUCGCUUAUCGGUUUCACGUUCUUAGUUUCUCGCCGCAGAGGCAAAUUUCUCACCAGCCAAGAAAGAGAGAGAAAGCGAAGGAAAAUUUUAAUUUAAUUUUUAUUUUUCUUAAGAGACGGAAAAAAAAAAAAUCUUUAGAGAGAGAGAGAGAGAGAGAGAGAGAGAGAAGAAGAAGAAGAAGAAGAAGAAGAAGAAGAUAGGGAAGGCUUGCCAAAAGGACCGAAGGAGAUAAGGAUUGCAAACCCUAGCAAUCAGGGAGGAUAAUAAUAUUACGGCUCAGUGAGACUAUCUUACUUCUGUAUUUUGUCCUCGAUCUGGUUCUGAAGGACUCCCUAGGGAUUCAAUCGCGGAUUGUUUGCGCCGCGCAUGUGGUUUGUGUUGCCACUUUUGAGUUCUGUUGUGAAGUUUUGAGGUGGUUUGGGCAGGUUUGUGGACUGGGAAGAGGGUUUAGGGAAGAUCUGAGCGGUGGUUUUUGUUUUGGGAAUAUUUAGUUCCGUGUUUGUUGUGCAAAGGGUUUUUGGGGUGGGCGGGGCCGUGGCUGCCCAUGCGAUUGUGUUGGUUUUCAUGCCGCCUGAACCAUUGCCUUGGGAUCGGAAGGACUUCUUCAGGGAGAGGAAGCACGAGAGGUCGGAGUCCCUAGGUUCUGUGACCAGAUGGAGGGACUCGUCCCAUCACGGAUCGCGUGAGCUCAAUCGGUGGGCAACGACAGAUUUUCGCAGACCACCAGGUCAUGGUAGGCCGGGUGGUUUGCACAUGUUCUCUGAAGAACCUGGCCAUGGAUAUGCGCCGUCUAGGUCCAGUGAAAGGAUGCUUGAAGAUGAGAACUGGCGGCCGUCUAUUUCACGUGGGGAAGGAAAGUAUGGUAGAAACAAUAGGGAAAACAGAGGCUCUUAUAACCAGAGAGAUUGGAAAGGCCAUUUGUGGGAAACAGCCAAUGGGUCUCCAAACACACCUGGAAGGGUUCACGAUGUGAACAAUGAACUGAGGACUCGGGAUGACUUGGCUACUUAUUCAUCUCAUUCAACCUCGGACUUUGGGAACACAUGGGAUCAGUUUCCAUUGAAAGAUCAGCAAGAUAAGAUUGGUGGUUCUGAUGGGCUGGGUACAGGCCAGAAAAGUGAGAGAGAUAACUCUUUGGGUUUAAAUGAUUGGAAGCCUCUUAAAUGGACUCGUUCUGGAAGUUUGUCCUCACGGGGUUCAGGUUUCAGCCACUCAAGUAGCUCGAAGAGUAUUGGGGCUGUAGAUUCAAAUGAAGCGAAGGUAGAGUUGCAGACAAAAAAUGCAACUCCAGUCCAGUCUCCAUCGGGAGAUGCUACUGCCUGUGUGACAUCUGCUGCACCAUCUGAGGAGACAACUUCUAGGAAGAAGCCACGACUUGGAUGGGGUGAGGGAUUGGCAAAAUAUGAGAAAAAGAAAGUUGAGGGUCCUGAUGUUAGUUUGAAUAAACAAGGAGCUUCUUCUGCUGCUAACAGUAUGGAACAUGUUCAUUCUCUUGGUCCAAACUUGGCCGAUAAAAGCCCUAGAGUUAUGGGUUUUUCAGAUUGUGCAUCUCCUGCAACACCAUCAUCUGUUGCUUGUAGUUCUUCACCAGGUGUUGAGGAGAAAUCAUUUGGCAAGGCAGCAAAUAACGAUAAUGAUAUUAAUAAUUUAUGUGGUUCGCCUGGUAUUGCAUCUCAGGAUCAUGUAGAGGGAUUCUCUUUUAAUUUAGAGAAGUUGGAUUCUGAUUCAAUAAUUAAUUUGGGCCCAUCAAUAACUGAAUUGCUACAAUCUGACGAUGCAAAUGUGGUGAGCUCUUGUUUUAUGAGGUCUAGUGCAAUGAGUAAAUUACUAAUAUGGAAGGGUGAAAUCUCCAAGAAAUUGGAGGUGACUGAAUCUGAAAUUGAUUUACUUGAAAAUGAACUGAAGUCGUUGAAAUCGGAAACUGGAGUUAGCGGUCCGUGUCCAGCAGCUUCCAGUUCUUUGCCUGUGGAGGAUAAUGCAAAAUCUUGUAAGGAGCAGGAUGUUGUUACCAAUUUGAUCCCUCGUCCUGCUCCACUACAAGUAGUUCCUUCUGGGAACACAGUUUUGGAGGAGAUGCCUAUGUGUAAUAGUCAGCAGGAGGAAAUUGGUCCGAAUGCUAAAGAUGAGGAUGUUGAUAGUCCUGGAACUGUGACAUCAAAGUUAGUUGAGCCGCCAUGUUUGGUGAAGGCAGUUUCUCCUUCUGGUAUGCUGAAUGAUGGUGUAGGGCAUUCACAUUCAGUUCAGUUGACUAACAGUGAAGUAAAAUUUGACAUUCCUGAUGAAGGGGAACAAGUGGUUCUACCUGAUCAUCGGGAGGGUAGUUUACUUACAGAGGGUGGAAAAGAUUCACCUGUUUCCAGUGACUUGUGUUCUAUUGGAGUAGAUAUGGUAUGUGAAGGAAUAUUGACGUGUAAUAGAGAAUCAUCUAACAGAGCAUUUGAUGAAUUGAAUAAGCUAUUGCCGAGACAUCAAUGUAAGUUUGAGAUUUCUGGAGUUGGCAAAUCCUCAAAUGGGCAAAAUGAUUCAUUAAUUAAAGAGAAAUUUGCAAUGAGGAAGAGGUUUUUAAAGUUCAAGGAGAGAGUGAUUACCUUAAAGUUUAAAGCUUUUCAACACCUUUGGAAGGAGGAUAUGCGAUUGCUAUCUAUAAGGAAAUGCCGAGCAAAAUCUCAGAAGAAGUUUGAGUUAAGCUUGCGGUCAAUGCAUGGUGGUUACCAAAAGCAUCGUUCUUCUAUUCGCUCCCGUUUUUCUUCACCUGCAGGAAAUCUGAGUCUGGUCCCUACGACAGAAAUUCUUAAUUUUACAAGCAAGUUGCUGUUGGAUUCUCAAGUCAGGCGUUACAGAAACACCUUAAAGAUGCCGGCCCUAAUUUUGGACAAGAAGGAACAGGUUGUGUCAAGAUUUAUAUCUAGCAAUGGAUUAGUUGAAGAUCCCUGUGCUGUUGAGAAGGAAAGGGCUAUAAUCAAUCCCUGGACACCGGAGGAAAAAGAAAUUUUUAUGGAUAAGCUAGCCACCUUUGGUAAGGAUUUCAGAAAAAUAUCUUCUUUCCUUGACCAUAAGACUACUGCUGACUGUGUUGAGUUCUACUACAAGAAUCACAAAUCUGAUUGUUUUGAGAAAACUAGGAAGAAAUUGGAUAUCAGUAAGCAAGGGAAGUCCAUCUCUUCUUAUACCUAUUUAGUUCCAUCAGGGAAGAAAUGGAAUCGUGAGAUGAAUGCAGCUUCCCUUGAUAUCCUUGGUGCUGCUUCCGUGAUGGCAGCUCAUGCUGAUGGUAGUGUGAGAAAUCGGCAGGCAUAUUCUGGAAGGUUGUUUCUGGGAGGGUACACUGAAUCUAAAACCGCAUGGGGUGAUAAUGGCACUGUUGAACGACCAUGCAGUUUUGAUGUUGUUGGGAAUGAAAGAGAAACAGUUGCUGCUGAUGUUUUGGCAGGUAUAUGUGGUUCCCUGUCAUCUGAGAACAUGAGUUCUUGUAUCACCAGUUCCGCUGAUCCUGCAGAGGGCUACAGGGAAUGGAAGUGCCAGAGAGUUGAGUCUGUAACAGGACGGCCUUUAACAUCCGAUGUGACGCAGAUUGUUGAUGAAGAAACCUGUUCUGAUGAGAGUUGUGGGGAGAUGGAUCCUAGCGAUUGGACAGAUGAGGAGAAGUCUAUCUUCAUACGGGCUGUAUCCACCUAUGGCAAGGAUUUUGCAAUGAUUUCACAGUGUGUUGGAACAAAAUCAAGGAAUCAAUGCAAGGUUUUCUUUAGUAAGGCUAGGAAGUGUCUUGGACUUGAUUUGAUACAUUCUGGGCCUGGAAAUGAUAGAACAUCCAUGGGCAAUGAUGCCAAUGGAGGUGGGAGUGGUUAUGAAGGUGCCUGUAUUUUGGAAACAGGGUCAGGUAUUUGUGGUGAUAAGUUAGGCUCUAAAAUGGAUGAAGACUUGGCAGUGUCUGUUAUUAAGAGAAACAAUGAUGAAUGUGAUCCUGCGGAGACUCUGAACAUGCAAACUGCUCUGAGGCCUGAGGAAAACAACAGGAGGGAACAAGUAGAUCGUAAGGAUGAUGGUGCUCAGGAAAUGACUCUGUCUGAUGUAUGUCAUACAGAGGAUAGGCCUAAGCUAGUUUCAGAUAGUGACAGCAAUACCUUGAAUGGUGUUGAUAGACAGUCUGAGCCACUUUCCGUGCAAAGAAGUGAAAUUAUGUUUGUAAAUAGAGACAAUAUAUCUGAAAAGGCAAUGUCUGUCGCAGAAUCUGUAUCUAUCUCUGAGGGGAAUGAGCCUGAAAUACUUAAUCCUGAACCUGUUGGGAUAAAAUCUGUUGAUGAGGUCUCUUCUGACAGAUUUGGAAAUAAUUUGGAGGGACUAGAGGAUAAAAGCAAUGCAAAUAUAGAUGGUCAAUGUGCCUUGCAAUUUAUUUCAAGUGAUUCAAAUUCAUCUGGGAAUGCUUCACACUUGGCUGCUGAUAGAAGUAGUUCUUCAGGUCUCAGUUUGAACUAUGACUAUCAGCAACACGUUUCUGUCGAGUUGAAUUCCAUGGAAAAGUCUUGUGUCGUCUCAAUGCCGCAGGAAGCUUCUCUCGCUGCUGCAAAGUGUGUUUCGGUGGAUUCUGCUGUCACUCAAGCUGAAAAACCCCAUAAUGUAAAUAGAUUUUCAUCAAAACUGGAUUUUCAGGAAGAUAGGGAUAUGCAGUGUAAUGUUCCUUUAAGUAGGGAUGAGAGUUAUGAGCACCUCAGAGGUCUUCCAUCAUCAACAAAUGUUGAAUCCUCUCAGGUCCUCAGGGGCUAUCCCUUGCAAAUGCCAACCAAGAAAGGGUUGAAUGGUGAUAUCAGUUGUAGAAAUCUGUCAGAAGUUCAGAAGACUUCAACGUCAGACAGGAAUAGCAAAAGUCAUCUUAUGAUGCAGGAAUGCUAUCUUCAGAAGUGUAACAGUUCAAAAGCUCAGCGUUCAUUUGCUGAUUUUCCUCUUAUGUCUCAAAAGAAAGAGCAAGCAAUUGAUCAUUCCAAGACUCACACACACAGUUUAUCAGAUUCAGAGAAACCAAGCAGGAAUGGUGAUUUUAAACUGUUUGGUAAGAUACUUAGCAAUCCAUCAUCUCUGCAGAAGGCAAAUUCCAGUAUGCAUGAGAAUGUUGAGAAAGGGACCCAUCAGCAUAAGUCAUCUAACAAGUCAUCUAACCUCAGAUUCACUAGCCACCACAAUUCAGAUGGAAAUUCUGGCGUCCUGAAGUUUGAUCAUAAUAAUUUUCUUGGCCUUGAGAAUGUUCCAAUGAGGAGUUAUGGUUUUUGGGAUGGAAACAGAAUACAAACUGCAUAUCCCUCUAUGCCCGAGUCUGCUAUAUUACUGGCCAAGUAUCCUGCUGCUUUCAGCAAUUUUCCAACAUCCUCGUCCAAAGUGGAACAGCAGCCAUUGCAGACAGUUGUGAAGAGUAAUGAGCGGAAUGUGAAUGGUGUAUCAGUUUUUCCAACUAGGGAUAUUAGUAGCAGUAAUGGAGUGGUUGAUUAUCAGGUAUAUAGGAGCCGGGAUGGUACUAAGGCACAGCCUUUUACAGUAGAUGUGAAGCAGCGGCCAGACAUAUUUUCUGAGAUGCAGAUACGGAAUGGUUUCGAUGCAAUUUCAAGUUUACAGCAGCAAGGAAGGGGGAUGGUUGGAAUGAAUGUUGUAGGCAGGGGAGGUAUUCUCGUUGGGGGACCAUGCACAGGUGUUUCAGAUCCUGUGGCAGCUAUUAAAAUGCACUAUGCCAAAAGUGAUCAGUAUGUUGGGCAGGCUAGCAGCAUCAUCAGAGAGGAUGAAUCGUGGAGAGGUAAAGGGGACAUAGGCAGGUAGUAGAUGUUGUCAGAGGGCAUCCUUAAAGAAGGCCCUCUGCGGCAAAUUUCUUUCAUUGCCGCACUGUAAUAUAGUUUUUUUAUAUUGUUCAAUGAAAUGAUAGGGCGAUAGAAUGGUUAUCACAAGUCGGUCUUUUUGAUAAAAUAUUGUAGGUGCUUGUAAUAUUCCAGCAGCUUUGUAUUUGUUGUAUUUGAUGGAAAUACAGAAAUAAUCUGUGAAAUUUGGGAAGGUUUCCAGUUCCA